AUGUCCACCACAUCAGCGCCUCGCAACCCUCCGUUCAGAGCAGAACAUCUCGGCUCCCUCCUCCGCCCCUCCAAACUCCUCCAGAAGCGCCAAGCCAUCUACGACAAAAAGGACUCGGGCUCCGACCUUUCAGCAUUGGAGGAUGAGUGCGUAAGAGAGGUAGUGAAGUUACAGCAGGAUUGCGGCUUUCAUGCUAUCAGUGAUGGAGAGUACCGGCGGCAUAUGUUCUGGGGAACUUUCUUCCCCUCGCUGAAUGGGAUGAAAGAGAUUACAGGGCCCGAUCCCAAGAUAUUCCGGCAAUAUGUCCCCGACAUCGCCGCCUUCCUGGAAGAAGAAAAGGUGCCUGGCGAGACCGUCAUUUGCGAGGGCAAAAUCUCCCACAGUGGCCAAAGCUCCUACAUCCACCAAUUCGAGUUCAUGAAGUCCAUCGUACCCAAGGAGAAGCACGGAGAGAUCAAGCUCACGCUCGCGGCGCCGAAUUGGUAUCAUCUCCGGUACGAGGAAGGGAAGGCGUAUCCGAAGAAUGUGUAUGGAAGCGAUGAAGAGUAUUUUGGCGAUAUAGCCAAGGCGUACCAGGUGGAGUUGGGGAUUUUGUAUGACGCCGGGUUGAGAUAUGUGCAGGUUGAUGACCCGAAUUUGGCUUACUUCUGCUCCGAGAAGAUGAUCGAGGGCUGGAAGCAGGAUAAGGCCAAUACGCGCAGUAUCGACGACUUGUUCGAUGCGUAUAUCAAGUUUUAUAACGAUUGCUUUAAGCGGCCAGAGGAUAUGCACCUAGGCAUUCACCUUUGUCGAGGCAAUUUCGUCAACUCCAGGCAUUUCUCCGAAGGGGGCUACGACCGCAUAGCCCGCAAGCUCUUCCGCGACCUGAACGUCUCGACCUACUACCUCGAAUACGACACCUCUCGAGCCGGCGGCUUCGAGCCGCUCAAAGAACUCCCCAAGAACAAGAACGUCAUCUUGGGCGUCAUCACCUCCAAGUUUCCAAAGCUCGAGGACAAAGAGGAGAUGAAGGAGCGGAUCCAUAAGGCUGCCGAGUUUGUAGCAGCGGGCAGUGGCGAGAGUAAAGAGGAAGCUUUGCAGAGGUUGGGUGUCAGCCCGCAGUGUGGCUUUGCGUCGCAUGAGGAGGGGAAUUUGUUGAGUUAUGAGGAUAUGGAGAAGAAGCUGAAGUUGGUUCGACAGAUCGCUGAUGAGAUCUGGCCGAGGCAGCCAUGA